GGUUGAUGCCUCCGAAGACUUCGGCGGCGCCGCCACAAUCAGACGAAUCUGAUUCUGAUUUUGAUGACGCUCCUGUUAAAAAGCCGCAGAAAAAGACAACGAAGCCUGUGAACCGACACAAGGAAGGAUCAAAGGACCCGGAAGAAGAACUACAGAGAGCGGUAAAUGAAAAAUUUGAUGGAAGCGACGGAGAGGACGACGACAGUGAUCUUUUCUCAUUGCAACUGCCAUCGCGACCCGAUUUCCUUACAAAACCGAAUCGGGCGGAUCGUUUGAUGAUUCGCAAUGUUGAAGUGGACAAUUUCAAGAGUUACUUCGGCAAGGCUUCCAUUGGACCAUUUCACAAAAGUUUCACAUCAAUUAUCGGUCCAAAUGGAUCUGGAAAGUCUAAUUUAAUCGAUUCGCUCUUAUUCGUUUUCGGUUUCCGUGCUUCCAAAAUUCGUUCUGCAAAAGUGUCAAAUUUGAUUCACAAAAGUGCUGGAAGAAAUCCAGACAAAUGCACAGUCACUAUUCAUUUUCAGCGGAUCGUCGAUAUUCCUGGGCAUUACGAAGUCGUCAAGGAUUCUGAGUUCACAAUCUCUAGAACUGCUUUUCAAAAUAACUCAAGCUCAUAUGCUAUCGAUGGUCGACCGGCAACGAAGAAUGAAGUUGAAGCACGCCUACGACGCGUUGACAUUGAUAUUGAGCAUAAUCGUUUUCUAAUUCUUCAGGGAGAAGUCGAACAAAUUGCAAUGAUGAAACCAGUGAAAACCACCAAAAGUGAAACUGGAAUGGUUGAAUAUUUGGAGGAUAUUAUCGGAACAAACCGACUCGAGCCCUUUGUUAAAUUAUUCCAGCGACGCGUCAAUCGUCUUACUUGUGAUCUUUCUCAACAAAGAAUCGCUCGUGAUCACGCCAGAAACAGCAAAGUAGCUAUGGAGAAUCCAGUUAGAGCUGCAAUUGAGUUUCUGAUGAAAGAAAACGAGGCUACAACGAUUCAUAUGAAAUUGGAGCAAAGAAGACGGCAACGAUACCUAGAUAAAAUUGCUCCAAAACAAGCCGAACUUGACAAGAUGAAAGAAGAAAUGAAAUCGAUUGCUGAAACGCUGGAUACCAACAAAAACGAAUACAAACAAUCUGAGGAAGCUCAGAAAGUUAUGAUUGAAGAGCGUUCGAAACUCGACAAAAACUUUGAUAGUCUAUCUAAGGAAUUGAGCGACUUGGGCACUGAAGAGACUCGCAGGAAGGAGGCUUUGAAAAGGCAUCAAGCUAAUAUUUCAAAGGCGGAAGCUGAGAAGGAAAAAGAGGUUAAAAAGCGAUCAAAUCUGGAAGCAGCACCCGAAAAGGCGGAGAGAAAAAUCGCAAAAUGUCAGGAAGAAGUGGAACAGUUGCUUGAAAUAGAGAAAACAGCUAACGAGGAAGCCGACAAGAAUCUUGAUGAAUUUGAAAAACGCUCUGAAGCGCCAAAAGAAGAACAAAAGAAGAUUCAAGAGACUUGGGCGCAGAAGAGCAACGAAUUUAACAAAGUUCGAGGUGAAGCAAGGAUUGCACGGGAAGAUUUCGAGGAUUUAAAGAAGCUCGCGAAUUCUGGAACGGAUAAGCUUAUCGAACUGAAGAAACGAUUAGAAUCUUCAGAAGAAAGUUAUGCGAAAGAGAAGGAUGAGUUAGAUAAGCUGAAGCCGGAAUUUGAUUCUUGGAAUGAUAAGUUAAAACAACUGAGUACAGAAUUGCCAACUCUUCGAAAUACGGCAAGACAGAAGAAUCAAGAUUUGGCAAAAACGCGUGAUCGUCUCGAAACUCUUCGCCAGCAAAACUCGUCUUGCUCAAGUUCGAAUAAAGUUAUUCAAGCCUUAAUGAAGGAAAAAGAAGCUGGAAGAAUUAAAAGUUUUCACGGUCGUCUUGGUGAUCUCGGUGUCAUUGAUCCGAAAUAUGAGGGAGCGAUUUGCACAAAUUUCGGGGCCCGUCUCAACUAUCUUAUUGUAGGGAAAGAAGAAGAUGCAAAAAAUGUCAUCAAUUUUUUAGUUGCUAAUAAAUUACCUCGACAAACUGUUCAGCCAUUGGACAAAAUUAAGUGUGAUAAGAGAGAUUUAGCUCCCAAUCCGACGAACCCAUUACCUGCUCCUCGUCUUAUUGAUCUGAUUGAUUGUGAUCCUGUUCUUAAACCAGCAUUCUAUGAUAUGGUGCGUAGUGCAAUUGUGGGCGAUUCUACCCAGGAAGCUCAGCGAAUGCAUAGAAUGCCCGCUUGUCGUGGUGUUACCGUGUGCACACUAGAAGGUUCUAUGAUUCACCCAUCUGGAUCAUUCACAGGAGGUGGAAAAACAGUGAAAGGUCUCAUUCUCACGGAUAAAAAUAAGAUGGCUAAACAAGUGACACCUGAAGAUAAAGCCGCUGAACGAGAUUUAGCUGAAAAACUUGGAAAAUUGAGAGAUGAAGCUGAUGAACUUAAAGGACAAGAGCAUGAAAUGGACGGACAGCUAAUCGAAGCACGUCGCAAAGUCGCUGAAAUGAGUAAUCGUUUGUCUAUUGUGACUUCUUCAGUUCAAUCUGCAGCUCCAGCAAUUGAAACCCUCAAGAAAACGAUCGCAAAUCAAGAAAAAGAAGCAGCGAAAGUUAAGGUGGAUGCGAAGACAUUAGAAGAUAAACAGAAGAUUGUUGAGGAGCUCGAAAAAAAACGAGAUGAGUUGGGCGAAGAAGCUGCGAAAGUAAAAGCUCGUCAAGCUGAAAUUCAGAGUAAGCUUGACGGAAUCUUCAAGGAACUUGUACAAUGUCAUCGAGACGAAGCCAAAGAGUCUCUUCAGAAACGUCAAAAACUUGAGAAGGAUAUCGCCAAAGAAACUGCAAAUAUUUCCAAUUCGGGCAGAAACAUUGCAAAGUGCGAUGAGAACAUUUCCAGACACGAUAAAGACAUUGAGAAGAUGAAGAAAAAGUGCGAAGAAUUGAUGGAGAAAGCAAUCGAUGAUGAGGAAGUGAAAUCGAAGAAAGAAACGGUUGAGCGCUUUGAAAAGCAAAUCAAGAAGUUACAGACAAAAGGAGAGGAAAUGACGAAGAAACAAUCGGAAUUGUCAGCUGCAGAGACGAAAUUGGAGGGAGAAUUGAAAAAGUGCAGUGAGGGAAUAAAGGAGUUGAAGGAAAGUAUGUUGGCAGAUCGAUUAAAGGUUGAGGAUAUUGAAAAGAAGCUCGCUGCUUUGAAAGUUAAUCGAAUCCCACGAUUCCAAUUUCUCAUCGAAUCAAGUCGGCCAGAAGAUCUCGAAAUGCAAAUCGAUGAUAAAAUGCCGGUGGUUGAUGAAAAUCAGAGUCCAGAAGAAGUUGAACGACAAAAGAAGCAUAUGGCCUGCGUGAUGAGUGACGCCGCGUACGCUCUCGAGUUCGAAAUGCGACAGAAAGUGUUGGAAAACACUGAAUCGUAUGAGAAUGUCGACGGAGAGGACCGGGUACCGGUCGAGCUUCUGUCCGACGAGAAAAUCAACGAGAUUUCGAGCCGAGACGCUGAAGAAAUGCAAAUGAAGCUGAAAGUGUGUGAACAACAAGUGGAAGCAUUGAAAGCUAAAGUUGAUAUCUCAUCGAUUAAAGCUUAUGUUGAUAAGGUCAAGCAAUACAAUGAACAAGUGAUCAAGUUGACAAUAGCCACAGAAGUACAUCGAAAACAUAAUCAAGAACUUCAACGAAUCAAGCAGAUGCGACUUGAAGAAUUCCAUUCUGCAUUCGAAUUCAUUGGAAAACAUUUGGUUGCCGUUUUCAAAAUGCUAACUGACGGAGGAGAUGCCAAAUUGGAAUACAUUGAUAAAGACGAUCCAUUCCGACAAGGAAUCAGUUUUAUGGUUCGCCCAGCGAAGAAAGCUUGGAAGCAAAUUCAAUUCCUUUCGGGUGGAGAGAAGACAUUGUCCUCAUUGGCUCUCAUUUUUGCGCUCCACAUGUUCAGACCUACUCCAUUCUACGUUAUGGACGAAAUCGAUGCUGCUCUCGACUAUCGUAACGUUUCGAUUAUUGCCCAAUACGUCCGACAAAAGACUGAAAACGCGCAGUUUAUUAUUAUUUCUUUGAGAAAUAAUAUGUUUGAACUCGCCAAUCGUCUCGUUGGUAUCUAUAAAGUUGAUGGGUGUACUCGUAAUGUAGCCAUUGAUCCAUUGAGAGUUUGUGAGAUGGCGAAGCAAAUUACGGACAGUUUGGGGCAGGCCACGUGUACUCUUCCUGAUGAAGUAACUCAACGAUUCAAUGAGACAAUGAGUCGGCAGAAUAAGGAAAUGAUUGCACAAGAAAAACAAUAUCCGAACUUCCCAUCAUCAAAUGAGAUUUCAAAGGCCGAAAAGAUUGUUAACGUUGAAGGACGUGUCAGGAAAGAAUUGAUUCAAACUACCCGAGAUGUCACUUCAAGACCACAAUCCAAAGCAACGACAAGUGGCGAUGGAACUGAAAGACCGGCUAGUCGGUCAGCAAGUCGACCCGAAUCUCGUAUAAAUCAAAUGAAAUAUCCUGCUCCACGCCUUGUCGAAAGAUCGUCGUCACAGAAUGUUCGUAGCCCGAGAAAGGCACGAAACAUAGAGGCCGAUGAGACUACUCCACCUUCAAAGCGUUCAAAUUCCGCAAGUACACCAAAACGAUCUCCAAUGAAACCGUUGACACCGUCGAGUAAAAAGAAGGAGAAGGCAAUCGUUGAUGACGAUGAUGAUAUGGAAUAAUUCAUUCAAAAAAGUUCUAUCCUCUUUUGUUUUGACGGGUAUUAGUUCUCUGAUCCCUCGACUCUUCCGUUUAUUAUUAUUUUAAACUCGCGCAAAUGAUACUCAUGUGCAAUUCUUUAACCUCUCCCUGUUCAAGAAAUCUCUCCCUUUUCCUUUUUAUUUAUUCUUAUUCUCAAUUAUAUUUAAUUUGAGGGCCAAAGUUUGAGCCAUUUUGCGUUGUAUUUUUUUUUCGGCUCCAAACUGUAAUUUAAUGAUAUAAUUGAGCUAUGUGUCUUUUCGUUUGAAAUAAGAACGUUUAUCGGUG